CGAAUGUUAUCAUUACUUGAGUGGGCACAUCGUCAUAUACACACAGCAGGUCCUGCCGUCGAACGACCAGUGCAGUAACCCAGAGCAGCGACAGCCACAACACACACACACACACACACAAGCCCAUACAAAGAAAGAAUGAGAGAGAGAGAGACGGUCAUUGUACUGUCGAGCUACCCCGCAUGGCAUCAUCUCCCCAUCCCCCUCUCCCGCCACUUCUUUGUGUGCAGACUCUUGCUCGCCAGCAACUCAUCCAACAGCUCCUCAUCCGCACCAAAACACCACGCCGUGCUCACCAAAGCGGCCGGAUAUCUCUUGCCCGCCUUUUGUGAGUAUAGCAGAGACAUCACCUCCCUGUCUGCACGGUUGCCCGCCUUGCGUGGCCGUCGGGUGGGCGAAGUAAAGCCGUCUGAUUGGGAGGAUAUGGGGAUAGCCACGUGGUCGGAUGGAGGGAAGGCAAACAGAGGCGUCGAGGGAAGUGAGGGGCAGCUGAGGGGCCGGGCAGGGGAGAGCGAGGAGCUGACGGCUUCGCGUUCAUCUUUCGGGCCUUCUGGCACCGGAGCGGGUGUCUCCUGUUGUUGAUCUGCAUGCUCUGUCUCAUCGAAAGGCUUCUUGGGCGUCAUGUCCACCCUCCUGGGAAUGACCGGCACAUUUGCCUCCCCGUAGACUCCACGCCACCGCUCCUCCUCUCUCGACGGCAUGGGUGACGACACAGUGACAGACGGCUGCUCCUCGUGCGUCCGGCGCCUCCCUGCCCGUGUGGCCUUCACACCGCGAGGAGCAUCGAUCGGGGGCAGUCUGACGUCCUCUUCCUCUUCUCGUAUGGACGUCAAAGCGAAGCAGGCAUCGGGGUGGUCAUCCGAGCAUGAGAGCCGCGGAAGAUGGGAAGAGUCCUCCGAAGUUGCUUCCGAUCGGGCUUUCCUCACUUUGACGGUCCGUCUUGACUGCCGCCGUGACCGAGCGGGCGAAGAGGAUGUUGACGUGGAGGCCGGCAGCGUGUGGCGGGCAAUCCACGUCGCCUCGAUGGCAGCGGACCAGCCCUGCUCCAUUGCAAUAGCACGGAGGGACGACUGAAUGGUGCGCCUGUGGAGGAAAGGAAAGACGGCACGCACCAAUCGGCACAGAAGGGAACGAGUCCGUCAGAAGCACGCACCGCCACUCACCUCUUGAGAAAGCCCCUAUAUCUCCUCAGCACGGCGGUCGCUCUCUCCGCAACGUCUUCCGGGUCCACACCCGCCCUUCUCUUGCCCUCGGCCUCGCGAGCGGAGGAGGCCCCACUGACGGCCGCCGACGCCCUCUUCCCCCUGGGAGUGCUGCUGUGACUGUCCUUCCUCUUUCUUGGCACAGGCGGACUCAACAAGUGCGGAUCGGCCUGGCUGUAUCCCUCGCUGCACACCAGGGGCAGGGUCUCGUCGCUAUCAGAUUGGGGCUCCCAGCUGUUGACGGUCGGGGCAGAGAGGGGGCGGCAAAAUGUUGACGGUAGGAUAGGGCUGACGUGUGUGAGGAGAGAAACCAACGUAGCAGCCCCAUCGAUGGACGGCGGCUCCAGAGCGAUGCUCACCGCUGGAGAGGACGCCAUCUCGCGAGAGGGGGG